UUUAAUGACAAUGAAAAAAGAUUUUAUUUUUCAUUUAUAUCUUUUAAUUUCUGCGAUAUUUGGAUACGUUUAUUCAGUUGGAAAUCAACAGGAAAAACAAUUUCUUCGCAGUCCAACUUAUAGAAAAACAUCCAGUAUUUUACGGGAUAUCCUCAAACAAGAAUCUUCACUGCAAUUUUCUAUGGUGCAAAAAAUUCAGAACUUGGUUACGGAUGCUAUAGAAAACAAUAAUGUUACUGAAAUUUUAAGAAAAAGGCUUGUUUCUUUAGGAAACAAAGUUAACUCUAUUCAAUCAGAAAACCGAAAACUGGAGAACGCAUUGGAUGCAUCAUUAGAACAUUUCCAUGAGGAUCAGAAUGAAACAAACCUACAGUUACAGAAUGUUCCCUCAGUACCUAAGCCAAGUCAUCAUUGCUUUUACCCUUUUGAUUGUUUCGACAUCUAUAAUUGUGGGGAAAGAGGAACAGAUGUUUAUGACAUAUACCCCUUCACAGCCCCUGUUUCUACUAAAGUUUUGUGUGACAUGGAUUCCAAUGGAGGGGGCUGGACGGUUAUUCAGCGCAGGCAUCGAGAAAAUCGCCGUGUAGAAUUUAAUACUACAUGGAAUGAAUAUAAGAUAGGCUUUGGGGAUGCUCGAGGGAAUUAUUGGCUUGUUGAUGCAUUUAGAAAGCACCUGCUGAUUAACCAACCGUUUUCAACAUACGACCAUGACAAUAACAACAGGUGUGCAGCCAAGUCUGGAUCUGGUUGGUGGUACAAUUUCUGUACUCACAAGGGAAAUGAUGAACUUAGUUCGGAAAACUCAAAGAUUAAAGAACAACUGAAAUUCUUAAAGAAAAUAGAAGUAGCCAGUCUAAGGAAUGAAACCAUUAUGCUUAAACAACAAUAUGAUUCUUUGUCACAAGAGAAGGAAAGGAUGGAAUGCAAGUUAAAUCAAGUAGAAAAGGAGCUAAGAUCCACUUACAUCGAA